CCAAAACAAAUGCAUAUUCUGUUCUCCCCUUUCUGGCGGUGCUGCUAACGGAGGCCAGAUAGAUCUGUUUCUAAUCGCGUCCCGAGCCGUGCGCUAGUCCUUUACACACCGUACCACCUGGUGUCGCGCGUCAUACGCUCCGGUAAAUUGUUUCUAGUGUAAAACACAACAAAAAAAAAAAAAACAACACGAUGGCACUGUCGCUAUGCAGAAAGCAAGUGCUCGGUGCGACCUGCCGGCUAAACAGCAGAAUAUUGCAGUUCGAAAUUUCAAAGGUACUGGCCUGCCGGUAUUCGACGCAAAAGAAGCGCUCCAAAAUCUACGCCAGCGCGGACGAAGCGAUCGCAGACAUUCCCGACGGUGCGAAACUGCUGGUCGGCGGGUUCGGGCUGUGCGGUAUCCCGGAGAACCUGAUUGCGGCACUGGUAGCGCAGCGCAAAAAAGAUCUCACCGUCGUGUCCAACAAUGCCGGUGUGGACACAUUCGGGCUCGGGCUGCUGCUGAAGGAGAAGCUGAUCAAGCGCAUGAUCGCAUCGUACGUCGGCGAGAAUGCCGAAUUCGAGCGGCAGUAUCUGUCGGGCGAGCUGGAGCUCGAGCUGACGCCGCAGGGCACGCUGGCCGAGCGUAUCCGGGCCGGGGGUGCGGGCGUUCCCGCCUUCUUCACACCGACCGCCUACGGUACGCUCGUGCACGAGGGCGGCUCGCCGAUCAAGUACGGCCCGGGCGGGACGAUCGAGAUCGCGAGCGAACCGCGCCCGAUGCAGCUGUUCAACGGCAAGCCGUACAUCAUGGAGGAAGCGAUCACGGGCGACUUUGCGCUGGUAAAGGCGCACGUGGCCGACGAAGCCGGCAACCUGAUCUUCAACAAGUCGGCGCGCAACUUCAACCCGCCCAUGUGCAAGGCGGCCAAGGUGACGAUCGUGGAGGUGGAGGAGAUCGUGCCGGUCGGUUCGCUCGACCCGGACCAGGUGCACAUGCCGAGCGUGUUUGUGCAUCGCAUCAUCAAGGGCCCGUCGUACGAGAAGCGCAUCGAGCGGUUGCGGGUGCGGGACGCGAAAAAGGCGGGCGCAUCGUCGUCGGUGGUGUCGUCCACGCCGGCCGCCAAGAUGCGCGAGCGCAUCGUGAAGCGGGUGGCGAUGGAGUACCGGGAUGGUAUGCACAUCAACCUGGGCAUCGGCAUACCGGUGCUGUCGUCCAACUACAUUCCGGCCGGUAUGAAUGUGCUGCUGCAGUCGGAGAACGGCAUCCUGGGGUUGGGUCCGUUCCCCGAGAAGGACCGCGUCGAUCCGGAUCUGAUCAAUGCGGGCAAGGAAACGGUGACGGUACUGCCGGGUGCGUCCUACUUCUCGUCCGACGACAGCUUUGCGAUGAUUCGCGGCGGCCACAUCGACAUUACGGUGCUCGGUGCGAUGGAGGUGUCGCAGUACGGUGAUCUGGCCAACUGGAUGAUUCCCGGUAAGCUGGUGAAGGGUAUGGGAGGCGCGAUGGAUCUUGUGGCAGCCCCCGGCACCAAGGUGAUCGUGACGAUGGAACACAACGCCAAGGACGGUUCGCACAAGAUUCUGUCCAACUGCAACCUGCCCGUGACGGGCCGGAACUGCGUCGACAUGAUCAUCACCGAGAAGGCCGUGUUCAACGUGGACAAGGAGCGGGGCCUGACGUUGAUGGAGCUGGCGGAAGACUGCACCGUGGAGGAGGUCAUUACCAGCACCGGUUGCGAGUUUUCCGUUUCACCCGACCUGAAGAAGAUGGCCCAGGUGGACAGCGCGUGAUAACACACACACACACACGGCCACAAUGCGAACAGAAAGCGACGUUCAAAUACAAUGUAAAAAGCAAAAGUUACAACAACAGAAAAAUCCCCAUUCAAGGCGCGCUCGUGGGGUAGUAGAUGUGUAAGAACAAGCAGAACACUGAAGUGAAAUCAUUUUCGCAUGAUUUUUGCUCAGGUGGCAAACGCAUUUAACGCAACGCAACUAACGUACGAUGGCAAAAAGUGUCAGUACACAUGGUGACACACGAUGAACUGGCAAAUUCAACUAAACAUAUAUAUAUACAUAAGAACAGUUUGGAAAGCUCUUGCGUGAGGAUAAAGUCGUAUAUAGAAAUCUAAUUUCCCAACUCACUCACAAAACAAAACCUGUAAGAAGUGGCAUUGAAAUAAUAAUAAUAAAAAAACUGAAAUAUA